CUGGGACGGAUGGAGUCGUUAACUCAACUGAAAUUGGCGCCCAGUGGAAGAACACAGUUUGCUUUCAACUAUGAAAUCAAGUAAACAAUCAUUGUAAAAUCAAUGGAGAUCACAUCAUCCUACCCAAAACCACCAUUAUUGCAUACAAACGCCAUUCCAAUAAACUCCAAGAAAUGGCUACCCAUAUCUACCCACUCCAUUUCCAACACACCCCUUCAAUUUCAAUUGCCUUUAAAUAGACCCCAACACAAAAUACACCAACCCAUAAAACCUGAAAUCAAGAAAACUACAAACCCAACAUGUACAAUAUCUGAUAUUUUAAGGUUAAUGGAUAGUCUUGGUCUUGAUAUACCAGUUGAUAUAUAUGUUUCCCUUAUUAAAGAAUGCACUGAAUCUCGUGACUCUGCAAAAGCGAUUGAACUUUGUAACCAUAUUUGUAAAAGUAAUGUUAUUCCGAGUUUGCCGUUAUUGAACCGUUUGGUGCUGAUGUUGGUUUCUUGUGGUUGUUUCCAACAUGCCCGCCAACUGUUUGAUAAAAUGCGUGUGAGAAAUUCUAAGUCUUGGGCUGCGAUAAUCGCGGGUUGUGUUGAAAAUGGUGAGUAUGAAGGGGCUUUGAGUUUGUUUAUGGAAAUGCAGAGUGAGAUUGGGAACUUGUGUAAAUGUGGUGAUAUAAUUGAUGAUGGGAUAUUGGUGUGUGUUCUUAAGGCUUGUGUUGAAAUGAUGAAUUUGGAACUUGGGAAACAAAUUCAUGGAUGGUUACUUAAGUUGGGUUGUUGUGAAAGUUUAGCUUUGAGUAGUUUUUUGAUCAAAUUUUAUGGGGAAUUUGGUAAUCAAGAAAGCGCAGAUAAUGUGUUCGAUCAUGUUCCGCGUUGUAAUACAGUUGUUUGGACAACUAGAAUUGGUAAUUUGUGUAAAGAGGAGCAGUAUGAAGGGGCUAUAAGUAUUUUCAGGGAGAUGGUAAGAGGAGGAGUGAAGAAAAAUAGUUUCACAUUUUCGAGUGUUCUUAAAGCUUGUGGGAAGUUGAGGGAUGCUGGAUGUUUUGGUCAACAGGUUCAUGCUACUUCCGUUAAGGUAGGACUUGAUACGGAUGGUUAUGUGCAGUGUAGCUUGAUUGACAUGUAUGGAAAAUAUGGGUUGCUAAGGAAUGCAUUGAGGGUUUUUAAUGCGAGAGAGGAUAAGAGCAAUAUUGCCUGUUGGAAUGCAAUGUUGAUGGGAUGUAUACAGCAUCGUUUCGGUGUUGAAGCCAUGAAGGUUCUCUAUGAGAUGAAAGAAGCUGGUUUGCAGCCACAUGAAUCUUUGAUUAAUGAAGUGUUGUUGGUUUGUGGGAGUAGUAAUAUCGAGAAAAUGAAUGCUUGACUUUAUGAAUAUCUCUUAGUUUCCAUGAAGAUGUGAAAACGGUUUGCAUGAUCACGGAAUUUUUAAUGGAAUAUAAUGCAACCAAUACCAGCGUAUCGGCUAAUCUCUCUAGUUUCUAUGAUGAGUUUGUUGUAUAUGGAGGAUCAACAAGGGUAUGUAUAUAAUAAUGGUCAGAAGUGAUGUCAAACAGUCUUGCAUAUGGGGUAUCUCUUAGUUCUCCAUGAAUAUAUGAAGAUGAUUUGCAAGAUCAAGGAUUUUUCAUGGAAUAUUAUGCAGCCAACGUACUGGCUGAUAUCUCUCGUUUCCGUGAUGAGUUCAAGGAUCAACAAGGGUAUGUAUAUAAUAAUGCUCUGGGAGUAGCAAAACGAUCUAGCAUACAAGAUGAGAAGUUAUAGCACAAAACAGUACUCACAUUUGAUAUGUGGCCGAGCUACCAUUUGCUGGAGCUUCUGUUAAUACUUAGUCUAUGUGGCGCAGGAAUGCAAGUAUAUUACCAACAUCCAAGAUCAGUUUCUAAAAACCAAAAUGAGUUCUGUGAUCUUGGACCCUGCAAAAAUAUGCAGCUGUUAGGAUUUACUAUGACAAUGCAUAAGUGGGGGUACAAAAGUUAUUGCUGAUGAUUUGGUGGCUCACAAUGUGGUGCAUAGCGAGUCGAAUUACUUUGGCAGUCAUAACUUUGACAUGAGUGCAUAUGCAUGAGACUUUGCCCUGGGAGAACUCCAUCAUAUGAUUCUACUGGACUUGGUAUUGUGGCAGAAUCCUAAUAGUGAGCAAGAUCAUUUUGUGGGAAAUCCAAAACUAAGCACAUAUCCUUGUUCUUACAAUCAGAAAUAUUUUUAGUUUAAUAGGUUAUCAAAGAAGUGGUCUACAGUUCUUCAACCACUCUUUCUUAUCUGCAUUGUGAAACUUCUGAAUGCACAAUUCUGUAGAUAUAUGAGCAUUAUUCUAGUUGUUCACAUGCUCGAAUCUAGUUAUGUUUUAUUUGUGUGUUA